AUGGUCUAUUAUACUACAAAGUAUACAUCAUUGGCAAAUGUUCGAUUCGAUACAAAACAGGAAGAGGACAUUGAGUAUCACACGGACUGGAGAAAUUUCAAUGCUUCUAUAUAUUCACAUCCACCGGAUCCAUCACUUGGAUAUGGAGAUAAAACAACUGGAAGUAACUUGUACAAGGUUUUGAAGAAGUUUCUCAAUAAUGGGAAGGUUUCAUUAUGCGGAGCCCAAGUGUUAGUAUUAGCGAAACGAUAUCCAGAUGAAUCUGAUGUAUCAGACAUCAUUUCCCAACUACGAGCCAAUCGUGUGAUGGUGCGCAUUGCCGUGGACAAUGCCCCAUCGGGUGGUUCCAAUUCUGCUUCAUUGUACGAAAUGUCAUAUCAAACCAAUGGAUACUGUGCUUUUGCCACCGGUCAGGAUCUUGAAAUUGCGUUUGCUUACAUGACCGAGAUAUUUCGUAGACCUUACCAAUUCAUUGCUCAAAACUUUGUCGUUUCUGGAUCGGGUCGAAUCGAAAUACCGGCAUUCGAAAUUCCAGCAUCAGAUGGUUUUAUAAACUGGUGUAAAUUUGCUAUAACUGUUCAAAACCACACACUUGACAGUUCAUUUGUAUCAAUGAAUUAUACAAUUGAGAGUACUGAUGGAACUCAUGUUUAUGAAUAUCCGAGUGACUAUUCACAUCAUCUCUCUGGAACUGCACAAACAGAUGAGUUUUAUUGCAACUCAUCCCUUUCUUACAAAUGGACAAUGGACUAUCAUUAUAACACUAAUGAACAACAAAUCUAUCAGUUGAGAAUGUACAACUUGUUUUAUCACGACUUCCUUCCACUUCCACCUUUUGGAUAA